UUGCGAGUAGAAUCAAUUCAUGUUUUUCCAGGAAGCUUCACAGGAGGUGUUUGGCCGAGAAAAGGCGGUAGAUUACUUCUUGGAUACGCUAUACCUCCUCCAAAUGUCCAUUCCACCGAUUGGAGGGAUAUGCUGUCCAUCACAGAAGCUCGGGACUCAGCUCGAGAAUACGGAAGUGAGGUGAAUCUGAGGAAGCUCAGCGAACCACACGCGGAGUCACAUCCGCCCCUGCCGCCACUGUUUAGUCAAAUGCGAUUUUCGGAAUCGGAUUUGUCACUGAACAGAGCACACUGGAUCACAGCUACAUUCACACGACGGGAAUGUGCAAAAUUUGUGCCAACGAACAAGUAUCCGGAAAAAUGCGGCUGUGGUCGUCUUCGAUCCGCGCAUAUUGAUAUCCCCUCACUGACGAGUUCAUUCCUCAAUCACCAUGGAGGCGAAGCUAUCACCAGGAAGAGGGAUACAGGCAGUGAUAAUAAUGCGGCAGAUGAACAUUCUGAAGCACCUAGGCGCCGAGUAAGGGACCUAGAAAAAACUUUGCCAAUUAUGCACUUCUUUUUUGCAGGAUUUUAA